AUGAAUCGUGGACAGUUUUUAGUAAACAUGGUUGAAGAAAGGGACAAAGAAAACAUCAGCCCUGGCUUACUAACCCAACCAGAUACUAGACAGGAGUGUGAACCAAUAAUACAAAAGGAGACGGUAGUAGUGAACAGGUCACAGCUAGAAGAUGACCGCGAGAUGUCAUUAAGUGAUGAAGAUUCAUCUAACGAAACUCAUGCAGCCUUAUCCGUGGAUGAUAAAUCUAUUCCGAGCACAUCUAUACAACAGCAGACUAGUACACCAAAUUAUUAUAUUUCACCGAUCCAAAGUGACCAAAGUGACUUUGAUGACUCAGGUGAGGAUCCCAAUUUCCAAUUGAUUAAUAAAAGUAAGACACUAUCUAAGAUCGUUCCUUUUGGUUCAUUGCUGUCUUCGUCCAGCACCAGUAGUAGUAACUCUAAGAGCUCAUCACGUUCUAAUAGCUCGUCAGACACCGGAGAUGAUAGUGCGCAUUAA